UUUUAACCUUCUGAGAAGGCUAAAUUUAGAAUAUCAAAGGCUAUAAAAACAAUUACACGUUAAGACAUUUCUCACGAUACCUCUUGUGGUGGUGGAAGCACGAAAAUUAACACGAGAACAACAUUUUAAUUAAGAAAUCACAAUGUCGGACUUUGUCAAAAUCUAUGAUGCUCAGAAGAAAAUGACGCGGGGAGCCGAUGUGAGAGAAGAUGCAGCGUUGAUGAUGGAGCCGUACAAUAACUGGGAAGAGAAAAUUAUGCCGGCUCCAUAUACGAUUGCUCUUUUAGGACAACUCGUAAUUAUAUCCGGUACUGUUGAUUUUAAACUCAAGGAGCCUCAGGCUGGAUUUAAACAUGUUCAAUGGCCAGAUUCAUUCAGAGCAAGCUUGGCACAAGUCACUGGUGAAGGUUAUAAGGCUUUUAACAUAGCUCAUCAAAGCAUGGAUGAAAUUCGCUUAGCUACAAAGGAGGUACCAGCACAUCUUAAAAGUGCGGUAACUAUACUGGCUGGUGGGAGUGACUACGAAGUGGAGAAUGUUCUUCCAAUCACAUUGCACAACAUCGAAGAUAUUGCAAGCACGUGCAAAGAACGCUCAGAAGAAGUAGCACAAAAGUUUAAAUCAGUCAUGGAACUUGUUUUGGAGUUGCAACAAUCCUGUGUGGCGACUCAUUCUGCUUCAGAAACUCAACUGAGAGAGAUUGAGACGCAAAUUAAAAUUCAGAAGAUAAAAGAAGAUGAUUUAAAGGAACAAAAGUCUAGAUAUAAGGAACAGUACGAGCGUGUUGAAAAAGAGGUGAAAAAAAGCAGCGAGCGCUACGAUAAAGCCCUCGAUGACAUUCCAGGAGCAGGAGAACUUAUUGGCCUGACCAUGCUGGAAAGUGUGUCUAAUGUAGUCUCAUCACUGUCUUCUAUGUUCAGCUUUGGUAAGGGGAUUGUGAAAAAUAAAGGAUCCUCGUCAAAAUCGCGAAAGACACCCAAAAACGCAGGGGUGGAAAACAUUCCAAUCACCUACGAAGAUAACGAGUUAUAUGCGAUUGCUAAAAACCUGAACAAACCUGUUGAAAAUUUUGAUAUCUAUUUUGAAAAUGAAAACACUCUGGUGGAAAUCAGCGCUAAAGAGGAAGACUCAAAUUUACAAUACCAAGAGUUUUUUUUCAAAGAGCAGAAAGAUACGGUGCGUCAACAUGGAGGAAGUAAAGUUUUGAAAAAGGAAAUAACAAAAAUCUGCGACGACAGCUUACAGAUUUGCAAGGAGAUAAGAGAUCGUUAUAAAAGUAAGAGACUUGGACACUGUGAGGCUCUUUAUCAAAAAGUGGAGACAGUGUCAGAUCUUACAAAAAUUCUUUAUCUUAAAAGUUCAGAAGCGCUUCAAACUAAUCCCAUGGUAGGUGGUACACCAAACAUGGAUAAGCAAACAAAAUACAACACUUCAGGCUCCAUCACUCAACAAAGAGUAAAAAACGCUCAUUUCAAGGUUGAAGCUGCAACAGAACGUUUUGAGCAAGUCGAAAGACAAUUUGAAAAAGCGUCAGAAGACAUGAGGAAGAACAAUGAGGCUCUCACCAAAGCGCUUACUGAAAUGGCUGCAUUUGAAGCGGAAAAAGCAACACAUGCAGAUAUCAUUGACAUGUUACAAAAAGGUAUCAAAAAGCUUGGUUUACUCCAAGAACAAUGGGCUCAAUUAUCUCUGUUCUUCGAGCAUAUUGCUACUUUAAUCAAAACCAGUUUGGGAAGUCAACUCAAUACCUUUAUUAAAUAUUCCGGCAGUGCUCGUCAGCAACAGUUGGACACAGGUGUUAAAAUGAGCAAUGUCAUGAGAGAUAACAUUUAUCAAACCGUGUUCGAAGCAGUGAAGUAUUCCUCGUUGGUUAAUCAUUUGGCAACUGGGUAUUUCCAGGUAUCUGAUAAAUAUCUUAUGGGUUCUAUAAGCAAGUUGGGAAAGUUGUUAGCUUUAGAAGACGAAAGAGAAAAAAAGAGAGAGCAAAUAGCAUUGACACAAGAUUGUGAAGAAACACAGAAAGCUAUUAAGAAACUGAUUUCUGAUCAUAACAAAGAAUUCAAACGUAAAAUCAACAAUCGUAUGAAUGCCAUUAAGGACGAAUUCAAACAAGCCUUGCCUCCACUUGACGAAAAUGAAUCUAAGAAAAUAAAAAGUUUGGCUCGUGAAGCUAUCACGGAAGCACCGACUCGUGCAACUGCUACUGAAGAAGACAUGGAUCAAUACGCGUAAUCUCUGAACAAACUGACUGCUCUUUUUGUUAUUGUUGUUGUUGUUGUUGUUUUUGUUGUUUUUGUUGUUGUUGCUGUUGUUGUUAAUAUAGAUAUAGCAGUGGCUGCACAAAAUAAGUUAACACCACAUUAUUUUUAGUUUUUGUAAGGAAAGAAAUUGCAAUUCUUCAUAAUUUCGUUUGUUUGUUUUCGUUUGUUUUGCUGUAUAUCUUGUAGUUCAUUUUUAACAUUGUCAUGUAUUUAUAAAAAUAACUUACAUGUUUAUUUUCGUGUUUGUGUAGGCGCAUAAAUUUCCGCUUACAAUUAUUUUUUGGAGGUAUAAAAAACUCGCUGAGUUUAUGUAUCAGAGUCAUACGUUUUUGUAGAUUAUUAAAAUAUAUUUUUCCUAUGGUACAAAUUUUUGCUAGAUUUUUCUGAUAUAGUUGAAAUAUUGAAACUUAAAAAUUUGUA